AUGUGGGGGAGGAUGGCCGGACGGCCGGAUGGACGGAGAGCAGAAGCCAUAGAGAAGAUAGACGAGGAGCUUCGAUAUCGGGGCGCUCACCCGGCGCUCAUCCGCACUCACUGCUCUCGGCCGGCCGCUCUGAGGCCAACUCAAUCGAUAUCUCCUCCCACUCGGGGGCUUCUCCUCCUCGCCUCGAGGCUGGAUAGUCAAAAGCUUCCGUCUCUCUUUGUCUCUUCACUCUCUCUCACUCUCUCUCAAGUCUUUCUCUCCGAGUGUAUUUCCACUCCCGGGCUCACCCUCACGCAAAAACGCACGUUUUGA